UUCUCCUGUCUCUCUCUCUCUCUCGCUACAUUCUUCGUUGUCUCUGCUUUUCAAUCAGCCUUUAGAUUCACAAAACCCUAGCCAUCUUCUUUCCGCUAUAUUCAUCAUUUCCUAGCCAUCUUCAAUCGCAAUUAUGAGCGACGACAAAGAAGAAAAGAGAUGCCCUCUCUGUGCAGAAGAGAUUGACGGGACGGAUCAAUUGAAGCCUUGUCAAUGUGGUUACCAGAAAAUGGAAGAAUGGCGAAGAAUGGUUCCUCCUGGGGUAAGGUUCUCACCAACCCCAGCUGAAUUACUGAACGAGUACCUCAGGCCGAGGGUAAACAAUCAAUCUGUUCCAAAAGGGGUAAUCAGAGAACUGAAUGUAUAUCAGUUCAAUCCGAUGGAGCUUAAAGCAUUUGCCAUUGAUAAUGGUGACAAUCAGAAUAUGUACUUUUUCACGAAUUUACAAAGAAAAACAAAGGAUGGGGUCCAGAUAAGGCGCGGAACAAACGACGGGUGCUGGAGAGCUUCCAACAAAUACUUGAAUAUUUUUCUCGAAACGGUGCUUAUAGGCUUUCGAAAAGACUUGACCUAUACUUGGAAGUCUGGUGGACAUGGACGUUGGCUAAUGAAGGAGUAUGUGUUAGAAAAAUAGUCAGAUCUGGCACUAUGUGUAAUAUACGAAAGGCCAGAGCUGCAGAACAAUAAAGAUACAUCUGCACCUGUGCAGCCACCACAGGUGGAGAGUGGUUUUGGUGAAUGUGCCACAUCCAUUGAUACUCGGCCACUGCAAAUCCGUGAUUCGGAUGCAAUCAUUGAGAGAGAUUUGCAGUACUCUGCAGAGAAAGAUCAUGAUAGAGAGGAUCUCAGAGGAAAUCUGGCAAUUGAAAUUGGGCGAAAAACAUCUGCCUUGAAUUCUUGUUUGAAAAAUGUAAGUGAAGGAGAUGGGACGCUGCCUUUGCCUCCAGAAGUACCCAGUCAAUACCAUGCUAAUUCUAAAGGGACCCAAGUAUAUGCUGGCAGGGAUUUUGGCUUCCCUCAUGGGGAGAGGUGGGAAUCAGUUGAAAGGAUUGAUGGUAUCAAAUCUCGGAAGUUACAUGAUGUUAAGGAGGCAGUUAUUCAAGAUGGCCAUUCUAUGCGCAUGGAGAACAUUAAAAGACCUUUCGGCGAAUAUGAUGAGCAGAGUGGCGAAACAGAAGGUAGUCAGAGGGGUCAUCAUAAUAAAUAUAUGGGAUCACGGUACAGGGAAUGGGAUGAUCAUUUAAAGAGUCAAUAUGAGAACAUUGACGGGCAUAGAGGAAAUAGCACUCAUAGAAAGCGAGAUAGAGAUCAUGUUAUGAAUGAGCAGAAGGGAUACGAACAAACAAGAAUAAAAGAAGACAAUCAUUAUUCUUCCAAGCACAAAGAAGAGGGCUGGUUUCAGAGGAGUGAAAGUCUGAAGGAGCAGGAUGAGUGGCAUGUGUCACAUGACGAAACCUUGUUAAAGCGAGAAAGAGUAGCACGAUGGGGAGGAAUGAGGAGUAGACAAGCUGUAGAGGAUAAAGCAUGGAUUACCCGAGAGAAGGAUGGUUAUAAAGGUUCUGCCAAAGAUUACCAAUUGAAAGACACAGGGCGGCAGAGUGAGACUGGUAAUGAUCGUUCGUUCGAUGAUUCUAAUGGUCAUGGGGCACACGAUAAGACAUCUAAAGACAAUGCAAGGAAGAGCAAAGAAUCUAAGGGUAGAGCUCACAAUCCGUCGGGUUACUGCAAGAGAAACCAAGAGGACAUUGGUGGUCAGAUAAACGAGAAGCGAGGUUCUGAAUCGCAGGGAAAAUAUUCUAUGCGCUGUGACGAUGUUAGUCAGAGGGGUCAUCAUAAUAAAUAUAUGGGAUCACGGUACAGGGAAUGGGAUGAUCAUUUAAGGAGUCAAUAUGAGAACAUUGAUGGCAUAGAGAAAAUAGCACUCAUAGAAAGCGAGAUAGAGAUGAUAUUAUGAAUGAGCAGAAGGGAUAUGAGCAAACGAGAAUAAAAGAAGACAAUCAUUAUUCUUCCAAGCACAAAGAAGAGGGCUGGUUUCAGAGGAGUGAAAGUCUGAAGGAGCAGGGUGAGUGGCAUAUGUCACACGAUGACAGCUUGUUAAAGCGAGAAAGAGUAGCACGAUGGGGAGGAAUGAGGAGUAGACAAGCUGUAGAGGAUAAAGCAUGGAUUACCCAUGCCAGAGAGAAGGAUGGUUAUAAAGGUUCUGCCAAAGAUUACCAAUUGAAAGACACAGGGCGGCAGAGUGAGCAAGUCAAGAGAGGGGACCGAGUUGAAGAUGAAAGUUCACUGCGUAGGGGACGCGAAAAUGAUUAUCCUAGUGCUCACAAUCCGUCGGGUUACUGCAAGAGAAACCAAGAGGACAUUGGUGGUCAGAUAAACGAGAAGUGAAUGGGAGAUUCUAUUCCACUGCAUAUCAUGAUUGGAUAGCAUGCAAAGUGGGCUGACAAGUGGCGUCAUAUAUUUUUUGAUAGCUUGAAGUCAUUUCCAACUGUUAACAUUGCCCCACAAGAGAGGGAGAUAAAAGGGUAUAUCCCCUUGUAAAAAUAACAAUACAUUUGAUGUUUUCAGCUAUCAUCCUCUCUCUCUCUCUAAAUUGGAAUGGUACAGGAAUUUUAAUGUGGAACAGGUAUGGGUCCGAAAUAGUUCUUUCUGGAAAAUUAACAUUAGGUGUUGAUGUUCUAUUGUGUUCUUUUGGUUGUAAAUGAAUACUAGUAGGGUUUUUUGUGAAGAAAAGAUAGUAUCCCCUUGUAAAAA